AUGGAGCCAGAUUUUGCCGAUCUCCGGCUCUCGGGCUCUGGCCUGUAUUGGGUGAAAGACACGAUUGAGAUGCGCUACACCGGAAUCAAGGAUAUCCUCUGGAAGAGGGAGCUGAAGUGCAGACUACAGAAGGCUUCGGUACGAACCAUGAGUCUCAAACGGCCAUCUCCAACAAUAUUUGUUUGCUUCGGCGGACGCUUUAUGACGGACUGGAACCAUGGUGAUCAGAUCACCCCUACAAAGGGAGAUCUCGAACAGUCUGAGCUGGUCAGCCUGGUCAGUCCUAGCCAGCUGCCUAGCGCAAUAUGGUGCAUGUGGCACUGGGAUUCGCUCCACUUGUGACGAGCUUUCGAUGCGACGUGAUCCGUCUGUAUACCACGCUUGGAAGUGUGAUUAUGACGAACUCCGAUGAAAAAGGAAAAUCAGGUAAGAUUGAAGGAUGACGCGGCCACGAAUAAACACGGCAACAUUCUGUAUCUCAAA